AUGGCCCUGCCACUUUCUACCAUGCCGCUAUCCGCUAUCUUUCUCGUCCUCACCGUCCACCCCUCUUCUGCCGCCGCCCGCACUGCCCGCACCGCCCUCGCCCGCAUACCCGACCUGGCGAAGAACGUCUCCAUCCGCGACCCCAGCGCUGCCUUUGCGUGCACCGUCGGCAUUGGCAGCGCUGCUUGGGAUCGGCUCACCGGCAUGCCACGCCCUGCCCAGCUCCGUCCGUUUCCUACCGUGCGUGGUCGGGUACACACUGCCAUCUCAACGCCGGGCGACCUACUGUUUCACAUCCGCGCCGCCCGCCGUGACCUGUGCUUCGAGUUCGAGCGCCAGCUGCUGGAUGUCCUAGGUAGCGCCGUAACAGUGGUCGAUGAGACGGUGGGCUUCCGCUACUUCGACCUGCGCGACUUACUCGGUUUUGUCGACGGCACUGCCAAUCCCGUCGGCCCUGCCGUACCGAAGGCGAUGCUAGUGGCGGCAGAGGACCAGGACAAAGCUAGUGUAGGCGGUAGCUACAUCGUCGUGCAGAAGUACGAGCAUGACCUUGCCGGCUGGAAUGCGCUCUCGACGGAACAACAACAGGCCAUAAUCGGUCGCUCCAAAUUGGAUAACGUUGAGCUGCCCGACGCCGAGCCCGGACAGCAGCAAUCUCACAAGUCACUAGCUACAAUAGAGGAUGACCAGGGCGACGAGCUCUCCGUCCUGCGCGACAACAUGCCCUUUGGCUCGCCAGCCGCCGGCCAGUUCGGUACGUACUUCAUCGCCUACACCCGCCGGCUCUGGGUCGUCGAGCACAUGCUUGACCGUAUGUUCAUCGGCAACCCGCCUGGCCUCCACGACCGCCUGCUGGACUUCUCCAAGCCCUUGACCGGAUCGACCUUUUUUGCCCCGCCCGCUGAUAUGCUCGCCUGCUUGGAAUCCUAG